UUAAAAACACAAACUUAUGUGGACGAUAUCCUGUCGGGAAGCCACAGCUUACCCCAAGCAUGUGAAUCACUAUCUCAAGUGAUCCAAGCCCUCAACUCCGCAGGGUUCCCCUUAAAAAAGAUAACGGCCAACCACCCCGAAAUAUUAAAAAAUAUAAAUAAAGAUCACAUAUUAGACACAAACUUCCUCAUCUUUGAAAAAGAAAGUACCACCAAAACUCUGGGAAUACGAUGGAAUGCGAUAUCAGAUCAAUUCUCAUACACUCUUGAGUCAAUAUCUGCAAUAUCCGCAAAAACCAAAAGGCAAAUCCUGUCGUCUGUGGCAAAACUUUUUGACCCCGCAGGAUGGCUUGCACCAAUUAUGAUCCAAGCAAAGAUACUCAUUCAAGAAUUGUGGCUAGACGGAACAGAUUGGGACGAACAAGUUAAACCACUACGCUUGAUAAAAUGGUCCCAAUUUGCCAACAAUCUGAACACUAUUUCGGAAAUACAAAUCCCUCGAUGGGUAAACUACUCUCCCGAACAUCAAGUCGAACUUCACGGCUUCUGCGACGCCUCUGAAAAGGCAUACUGCGCUACUAUAUACGUGCGCACACAACAAGAUAGCAAAACAACAAGCCACUUGCUAGUCGCAAAAGGCAAAGUGGCUCCGCUAAAGACCGUAAGCCUACCACGACUUGAGCUAUGCGGGGCGCUCCUCCUUGCAAAACUAGCCUCCACCGUUCAAACCCACUUAAGCCUGAACAAUCGCAAAUUACAUCUAUGGACUGACUCUGGAAUAGUUUUAGCUUGGUUAGAAAAACCACCCCAUAUGUGGAAGACAUAUGUGUCAAACCGCACAGCCCAAAUAAUUGACUUAGUUGGGCCAGCAACUUGGCGACAUGUAGCCAGUGCUGACAACCCAGCCGAUCUUGGCACAAGAGGUUGCAAACCCCUGCAUCUCGCCACCACCUCACUCUGGUGGAACGGCCCCAGCUGGCUAACAGAAUCACAAGAAUUCUGGCCACAAUCCCCGAUACGCAACAUAAUACCCCCCGAAAGUCGAAAAAUUGAAAGCUUUCAUGCCGUAUUGAAUGAUACUGACAUACUGGAGCGAUUUUCAUCGUUCCCCCGAGCCCUCAGAGUAAUAGCUUAUAUGUUUCAGUUCAUAACUCGCCUCAAAAAUAAAGUAAAAGGAGCGCCUAACCCCCCGCAUCAUGCACUAACACACCAAGAUCUGCAACGGGCUAAAAUGACUCUGAUUAUGUCUACUCAGACCCGCUAUUAUGACCGGGAAAUAGCACUUUUGAUGGUAUCAAAGCCAAUAGAUAAAAAGAGCCCACUCUUAGCUCUUAAUCCCUUCCUAGACUCGAAGGGACUGCUACGCGCCAAUGGACGUCUGGCAAACUCCAGUUUGAGUUAUAACGAGCGGCACCCAAUAAUAAUACCCGAAAAAUCCCCAUUCGCCACACUGUACAUAAAUUAUU